CGGCUAAAGCUUGUCAUCGCCGCUGCGUCACAAGUCGUCACCUUGGUCGUCGCACUGGUCGCACUUCGAGGACGGACGACGGUGCGGUGUUUGUGUUUUCCGGUAUUUGGACGUGAUCUCACAAUGAACAGGGACAAACUUGCUAAGCUGUCUGAGCAGGUGCGAGUGGGUGGCAAGGGAGUGCCUCGAAGGAAGAAGAAGGUAGUUCACAAAACCGCCAACACUGAUGACAAGAAGUUGCAAAAUUCACUGAAGAAGCUGCCAGUUAGCAACAUUCCCGGAAUUGAGGAGGUGAAUAUGAUCAAGGACGACAGCUCGGUGAUACACUUCAACAACCCGAAGGUGCAGGCGUCGCUGCAGUGCAACACGUUCGCCAUCUCGGGUCACGCUGAGGAUAAGCAGAUCUCAGACAUGUUGCCGACUAUCCUGAACCAGCUGGGCCCCGACAGUCUCACGCACUUGAAGCGGUUGGCGUCGUCCGUGCAAGCAAGCGUGGGCGCUGCCGGUGACGCUGCUGACAAUGAUGAUGAGGUGCCCGACCUCGUGGAGAACUUCGAUGAGGCCAGCAAGGCAGAAGGUCCGACGAAGGCCGCCGAACCCUCCGACUCGGCAGCCACAGACUCCUCCCCGGCAGGCGACGGCGACGCGGCAGAAACAACCACCGCGCCCGCCUCGGAAGCACCGAGCAAGAAGGACGACUAGACAGGGCGUGAUCAUCACCUGGUUAGGGAGCCGACUUCAGGAGAUAAUUCCCGAUACACCAGGACGGUUGGCCGGGUCAACAUGAGACGCGGCACACCCGGGUGGUCAUCGUUCAUCCAGACGCGAACCCGGCCUGCGUAUCGAUGGCUGCGAGGGCGGACAUGACUACCACCCUCAUGCUAUGUGUAGAUAGCAUGUGUUUGAAGGGCCAGGCACACUGCGUAAACUGGCGUCGGUUCUGACAUCAUUGCGUGACUGAUGCGUGGUCUCGCGUUAGAGAAUGUGGGCUCUGUUAUAUAUCUUGGUCGACGCAAACAGGGGGCUGCACUGUGAUGUUAUUUGAUGAUACUCCAGUCGGCUGAAUAAAUAUCACCAUCGCUAAA